AAAUAGAUAGAUCUGAUCUAUUUUCAGUCCCGCGUAAAACGAAUACGAGGUUAAGAAGCGUGAUAUCAAACAAUGAUCGGUAUUUAAGUAAACAAUUUAACAAUAAAAUACCAGCUGGUAACACCUUUACAAAUCCUAGCGAAAUUGAACUUUGGUUUAAAGUGGGUCAAUGUAGAUAAUGGUGUAAACAAUUUUAAAGUACAAUUACUCUUCUUGAAGAACCAGACUCUGCUAAAAAUAAUAUUUGGUAACAGAGUAAUACAUAAAAAGUAUCGUGUAAUUAUGUUUUUUCUCUUAUAAAAACCAGCUACGUUCGGUUGCUAAAGCUGGUCUCCAACAACAACAAAUAACCUGUCACGUGUGAAAAAUGGUAUUACCAGAUUUAAAAUUAACAAUGAUGCCCAAGUUCAUAUAAAAAAUUUUUGAAGGAAACCCACCAAAUAUGCUUAAAACGGAAAGGUUGCGAGCUAUUUUCAUAUGGAUCAAAAGCCUGUACGAAGAUAUGAUCGCGUUCGGACGUUACUUUUCGUUUUCUAUUUUUCUAUUGAUAUAUUUGCUAACCGAAGGUAAAAACUUGCUGUUGUUGUGCGGAAGUAAUUUACAGUUGUACAACCCAGUGAUAGAAGUGUGUAUCAAUGGUCAUGUGUUUGAAAGGACAACCACGUCUGCGCCAAAUCACCUAUCAACUACACAGAGCAGUCUCUUAGUGCAAACAGAAUCCAUACUUGUCUCAGAAGAGAAACCAAGUAGAAUGUCUCGACAAACAUGCAGAGGCAAGGCUGACUUAUUGACAUGCAAUGGACAAUUGUAUUGUGGUCGUAAUGAAGGCUACAGAUGUUGUGGAUUUGAUGUCUACCACCCUAAAACACAGACAUGUUGCCGGAAAACAAGCGCAGAAUUCAAGAUCUAUGAUGACAAACCAGAGAAAAAACACAUGUGUUGCAAUCUAGAUGUCUAUGAACGAGGGUCAUCUAACGCCACAUGUCAACAUCCAGCCGACAAUGACAAAUUCUUCCAAAAGCCCAUGAGGUUGAGGAACGACCGGAGAAUAUGUCACGAAUCUUAUUACGUUUUUCGAGUAUAUAUUACAAAACAAAAGAAAGGACAAUACCUUACAGCUGAUGUUAGUCUGUGGAACUGGCGCCCGGCAUCGACUCGAGGAAAGCUGCGUAUGAAAAAAACUCCAACCGGAAGGAAAGAGAUGGAUAUUUCAUUAGAUAAAUUUAGCAAAAAGAAAAACAUAGUUAGAAAAAGUUUUCUAAUAUUUUCAAAGUACAACUACUUAAAGGAUUCUGUUUUAUUUCUUAGAACAAAUGAAGUUCUAUAUAAAAGUCCCAAGAGUCACAGAAAGAUGGUACGGAAAUUGCGAAACAUCCAUGCAAAAUGCACGAGCUAACUCAUACAUGAAAAAAAACCUGUGUAAAUUCUUGUAAACAGUAGUUAUUUACUAGCGUUUUAGUGACAUGAAUGAAAAAAAAGGAAAUUGUAUAGAAGCAGUAAAAGAAUUAAGAGUAAACUGUUGCAAAAAUAG